AUCAGCCAGACACAACUGCUAUCCACAGGACGCACAGACUACAGAGCUGCAUGCAGCACAACCAAUCUAUAAAUUACACAGUGAUGAGGGUCAGCACGCAAACUCUGGUAGCAUGGCUGCUGAUCUCCUGCGCCCCAGUAGAAGAGACUGCGGCUCCCACCACCCCACCUUCUCCAUCAUCAACACCAUCACCAUCCUCAAGUGCACUACAAAAAUCUCCUCCUCCCACAGCUGUUACUCCAUUGGUAACUGACGACAAUGUCACCACCAUCGACUCCCAGACUGCACCUGUCUCUGUUACUGAAGAUACCACAAGAAGCAACACAAUAGUGGAGCACAUCGUCUCUGAAGACACACCUGAACAGGGGAUGGAGGAAUCCUCAACAGCAACACCAACCACAUAUAUCCAGUCCUUAUCUACCCAACCUGACCCGUCAACUGUUGAUGUCACCACUACAAACUCAGCUCAGUCCACCAGUGAUGCUGAGGUCAGCUCUACUGUUUCUACUCAAUCCACUCAGCACGUGAAAGACAGGAUGGGAGAAAGCAGCAACACCAGCACUGUUGUCGACCCAGCUUCAUCACCAGUGGGCAACUCCUCAAUGAGUUCUUCUUCCAUAUCCCAGUCCAACACAGUCCAGCACUCAUACUCAACUUCAGAAGCUCACCCAACACCUGUGACCCAGACUCCAGCAGCCUACCAUUACAACCAGCACUGCUUGCAGCAGCAUCAACAGCAGUUAUUUGAAUAAGGAGAAAGACAGAUACUCCUCAGGGCUGCUGAUCUCCUGCGCCCCAGUAGAAGAGACUGCAGCUCCCACCACCCCACCUUCUCCAUCAUCAACACCAUCACCAUCCUCAAGUGCACUACAAAAAUCUCCUCCUCCCACAGCUGUUACUCCAUUGGUAACUGACGACAAUGUCACCACCAUCGACUCCCAGACUGCACCUGUCUCUGUUACUGAAGAUACCACAAGAAGCAACACAAUAGUGGAGCACAUUGUCUCUGAAGACACACCUGAACAGGGGAUGGAGGAAUCCUCAACAGCAACACCAACCACAUAUAUCCAGUCCUUAUCUACCCAACCUGACCCGUCAACUGUUGAUGUCACCACUACAAACUCAGCUCAGUCCACCAGUGAUGCUGAGGUCAGCUCUACUGUUUCUACUCAAUCCACUCAGCACGUGAAAGACAGGAUGGGAGAAAGCAGCAACACCAGCACUGUUGUCGACCCAGCUUCAUCACCAGUGGGCAACUCCUCAAUGAGUUCUUCUUCCAUAUCCCAGUCCAACACAGUCCAGCACUCAUACUCAACUUCAGAAGCUCACCCAACACCUGUGACCCAGACUCCAGCAGCCACCAUUACAACCAGCACUGCUUGCAGCAGCAUCAACAGCAGUUCUUUGAAUAAGGAGAAAGACAGAUACUCCUCAGGGCUGCUGAUCUCCUGCGCCCCAGUAGAAGAGACUGCAGCUCCCACCACCCCACCUUCUCCAUCAUCAACACCAUCACCAUCCUCAAGUGCACUACAAAAAUCUCCUCCUCCCACAGCUGUUACUCCAUUGGUAACUGACGACAAUGUCACCACCAUCGACUCCCAGACUGCACCUGUCUCUGUUACUGAAGAUACCACAAGAAGCAACACAAUAGUGGAGCACAUUGUCUCUGAAGACACACCUGAACAGGGGAUGGAGGAAUCCUCAACAGCAACACCAACCACAUAUAUCCAGUCCUUAUCUACCCAACCUGACCCGUCAACUGUUGAUGUCACCACUACAAACUCAGCUCAGUCCACCAGUGAUGCUGAGGUCAGCUCUACUGUUUCUACUCAAUCCACUCAGCACGUGAAAGACAGGAUGGGAGAAAGCAGCAACACCAGCACUGUUGUCGACCCAGCUUCAUCACCAGUGGGCAACUCCUCAAUGAGUUCUUCUUCCAUAUCCCAGUCCAACACAGUCCAGCACUCAUACUCAACUUCAGAAGCUCACCCAACACCUGUGACCCAGACUCCAGCAGCCACCAUUACAACCAGCACUGCUUGCAGCAGCAUCAACAGCAGUUCUUUGAAUAAGGAGAAAGACAGAUACUCCUCAGGGCUGCUGAUCUCCUGCGCCCCAGUAGAAGAGACUGCAGCUCCCACCACCCCACCUUCUCCAUCAUCAACACCAUCACCAUCCUCAAGUGCACUACAAAAAUCUCCUCCUCCCACAGCUGUUACUCCAUUGGUAACUGACGACAAUGUCACCACCAUCGACUCCCAGACUGCACCUGUCUCUGUUACUGAAGAUACCACAAGAAGCAACACAAUAGUGGAGCACAUUGUCUCUGAAGACACACCUGAACAGGGGAUGGAGGAAUCCUCAACAGCAACACCAACCACAUAUAUCCAGUCCUUAUCUACCCAACCUGACCCGUCAACUGUUGAUGUCACCACUACAAACUCAGCUCAGUCCACCAGUGAUGCUGAGGUCAGCUCUACUGUUUCUACUCAAUCCACUCAGCACGUGAAAGACAGGAUGGGAGAAAGCAGCAACACCAGCACUGUUGUCGACCCAGCUUCAUCACCAGUGGGCAACUCCUCAAUGAGUUCUUCUUCCAUAUCCCAGUCCAACACAGUCCAGCACUCAUACUCAACUUCAGAAGCUCACCCAACACCUGUGACCCAGACUCCAGCAGCCACCAUUACAACCAGCACUGCUUGCAGCAGCAUCAACAGCAGUUCUUUGAAUAAGGAGAAAGACAGAUACUCCUCAGGUCUAUUGUUGUGCGUUGUAGCAACAGCACAACUCUCUCAAACAGCUGCACUGAACCCUACCAUCAACUCAACUUCAAAUUCAACUUUCUCCCCAACGACAGCCAGCACUAAAGAAAACCUCACUGCAGACUUGACAUCAAAACCCACGUCUUCCUCAAUACCAUCUACAUCAGCUGACCCCCAGGACUCUAGCCCCAGCAUCAGCAGCCCCACUACCAACAUCAGCAGCCCCACUACCAGCAUCAGCAGCCCCACUACCAGCAUCAGCAGCCCCACUACCACCAUCAGCAGCCCCACUACCAGCAUCAGCAUCCCCAGCACUACACAAACAACCACCACCCAAACCACCAGCACAACCAGUAAUAACAGCACCAUCAUCUGGCCGAGCACCAUCCCAGGCACCAAACAAACCACCAAUAUACCGAGUACCAACAGAACCACCAUCAGCACCGACACCCAAACCAGCACACUGGCACAGGAAGCACACGAGUCCAAGGCUCUGAACUCAGGAAGCAUUGCAGUCAUUCUCUGUGUGUCCAUUGUAAUUGUCACCCUAGUGGUGAUUGUGCUGUACUACAGGGUCCGACGUAGAUCCUACGGCCAACUGGCCAAGAAUGAACAUGGUACUUUGACAAACUUCAGCAACCCUAUGUAUGACGUUUGAAUCUUAAGUUCUGACCUCCGACUCCGGAAGGGACCCCCUAACCUCAAAGUCCUCUGUCUGUUCAGAGUGUAUUUAUAGUGUGUGUAUUGAGUUCAGGAUGGUCACAAUAUAUAUAUAGCUGACAUGCUGCCUGGUCGCUUGAUUGCAAAAUGCAUAAAGAAAACUAAUUUGGACAUUUCUAUUGAUCUUUGUUGAAAUAGCUUAAUUUGUUUGUUGCUUGGUACAGUAAGAAGGACAUACAAUUGCAGAUUUUACUAAGGAAGUUUUUCAAACAGCGCUGGCUGCAUAUUCACGGCGCAUAAUCAUAUUACCACAACUGAAUACAAGCGUGUUCAUUGGCGGUGUUAUGUAGGAUUCUCAGGAUACUUGUAAAAGAAAAAGGUUUUGUCUGACAUCAAGGAAUAGAAAAACAAGUGGAUUUUGUAAACUCAACCGGGAUGUUUUUAAAGUAAAAAGAAAUACUCUAUGCAAGUGUAAAAUAAUAGCUUAAGGCAGUAUUAAGUAGUGAUAAUAGAUGAGGAAGAUCUGACAGUGACAAUUGUUCACUGUCAGGGAACAGAAAUAGAAACAUAGUAUUAUUACAAAAAAACAGGGCCACCACAAUGUGUGAUUUACGAAGUUAAGAAAGGCUCGGACUUCUGCGAGAAUAUGAAUGAAGUCAUGACAUACAAUGUUUAUUUUAUCAUAGAUUGUUCUUAUAAGCACCUACUGAGAUACUUUGUUCUUACCUAAACUGUGAAAGGAUGAGAUUUCCAUUGCAAAAGGCAAUAAAUGUUCAGAUUGUCAUAUAGACAUAGUUCAAAGCUUUUAUAUACACUUUCAGAUUCUGUAGAUUAGGAGGAGAGGAAGAUUUAGCCAUUUCUAUUCGGAGGAAAUGGUUAUUCUGAGAAAGGCGCUGAAAAGGAUGGUGACACAUAACUGUCUUAACAUCGAGGAUGAAAAUAAGAAUAGAAUAGAAAGACAUUCUUAAGACGAAUGAAAAAAAAGAAAGGAAAUGAAGAAAAAACCACCUGAUGGCAUCGUAUCAUCAGGUAUCGUAUCCUAUCACGACACUUUUAGGCAACACAAAGGGUUAGCGUUAGCAGCUACGUGACAAUUUAGGAGAAGGUUCAUUUGAGGGAAAUGUUUGAGGUUUCAUUCAUUCAUUUUCAAAUGACAUGUGUAAAAGCCUGGUUUUCCAUCUAAGUAUUUACAUAACAUGCAGUCCUUUAAAAUUAAUAUGGAUUGUUUUCAUAUUACAAAGUGAAUGGAGCAGAGGCAGAGAGAAACCUUUGAAAGGACAAUCCCAGGUUCAAGCCCCUUGUACUCAUCCUGCUGAAGUGUCCUUGAGCAAAACAGUGAAUCCCCUCCAGCUGUUCAGCUGAACCUGAACUUUGACUUUUCUGUGGAGGAACCAACAAAUACAUCAAUCAUGUUAGAAUGGAGAGCAGGAUCUAAUAUAAAUCUGAAUUUACAUUAAAUGUGGCCUUAAUAUGUUUCAGUGUGAUUUUGCUUUUUUUUUAGCAGCUUAGGCAAGUUGCAUUUGUGAUAUCUUGAAUAUUUGAUACAUAUUUGUUAUUGUUUGCAGGUGAAAAAUAAUGUGACAUUGUAUUGUGUAAUAUGAUUGUAUUUAAUUGUGUGUGCAAUAAAGUGAUAAAGGAA